AACGCGGGAAGCGACUUCUCUCUUCACCUGCGGCUCUGGCGGAGGUUUGCAGCCUCAGCUCCGGUCGAGGAAGGAGCGGAGUUGCGGGGCCGGCAUGGGCGGAGGGGCUGAGAGGGGCGGCUGCGCCCCGCGCCUGGAGCUGCUGCUGUUCCUGGGGCUGUGCGGCCGCGCGGCAGCGCUGAGAGGAAAUGAUAACAGCGAAGCCCUUCCAGAGUCCAUCCCAUCUGCUCCUGGAACGCUGCCUCACUUCAUGGAAGAACCAGAUGAUGCCUACAUUAUUAAAAGCAACCCCAUUGUCUUACGCUGCAAAGCCAUGCCAGCCAUGCAGAUUUUCUUCAAGUGCAAUGGUGAAUGGGUCCACCAAAACGAGCACGUGUCGGAGGAAAGCAUGGAUGAGACCACAGGCCUGAAAGUUCGAGAGGUGUUCAUCAAUGUGACGAGGCAGCAGGUGGAAGACUUUCAUGGGCCAGAAGAUUACUGGUGUCAGUGCGUGGCAUGGAGCCAUCUGGGGACCUCAAAGAGCAGGAAGGCGUCCGUCCGCAUCGCUUAUUUAAGGAAAAACUUUGAGCAAGACCCCCAGGGGAAGGAGGUUCCUAUUGAAGGGAUGAUCGUUCUGCACUGCCGGCCCCCCGAGGGCGUCCCUGCAGCUGAGGUGGAAUGGCUGAAGAAUGAGGAGCCCAUAGAUUCCAACCUGGAUGAGAACAUCGACACCAGAGCAGAUCACAACCUGAUCAUCCGACAGGCGCGUCUGUCCGACUCUGGGAACUACACCUGCAUGGCUGCCAACAUUGUUGCCAAGAGGAGGAGCAUGUCUGCGACAGUCGUGGUUUAUGUUAAUGGAGGCUGGUCGUCGUGGACUGAGUGGUCCAACUGCAACGCGCGGUGCGGUCGGGGCUGGCAGAAGCGAUCGAGGACCUGCACCAACCCUGCCCCACUCAACGGAGGGGCAUUCUGCGAAGGAAUGUCUGUGCAGAAGAUCACCUGCACUUCUCUUUGCCCUGUGGAUGGAAACUGGGAGGUGUGGAGUGAAUGGUCUGUGUGCAGCCCAGAGUGUGAGCAUUUGAGGGUUCGGGAAUGUAUUGCACCAGCUCCACGAAAUGGAGGAAAGUACUGCGAGGGCCUGAGCCAGGAGUCAGAGAACUGCACCGAAGGGCUUUGCAUUCAAGAUAAAAAACCUCUUCAUGAAAUAAAAUCCCAAAAUAUAGAGACAGCCAGUGACAUUGCCCUGUACUCUGGCCUGGGAGCAGCAGUGAUUGCUGUAGCUGUGCUGGUGGUUGGUGUUACCCUUUACAGACGGAGUCAGAGUGAGUACGGCGUGGAUGUGAUUGAUUCAUCUGCACUGACAGGAGGCUUCCAGACAUUUAAUUUUAAGACAGUCAGACAAGGUAACUCCCUGCUUUUGAAUUCAUCCAUGCAGCCUGACUUGACAGUGAGCAGAACGUACAGUGGACCUAUCUGCCUGCAGGAUCCAAUGGACAAGGAGCUAAUGACAGAGUCUUCACUGUUUAACCCACUGUCAGACAUCAAAGUCAAAGUUCAGAGUUCGUUCAUGGUUUCCCUAGGGGUGACAGAGAGGGCUGAAUAUCCUGGAAAGGCACAUUCUGGAACUUUUCCUCAUGGGAAUGCUAGAGGGUUUGGAACAAUGCAGGCUAGAAACAAGGCUGCAUAUAUUCAGAACCUGUCUUCAAUUUCAACAAGAAAUGAGCUGAAGACAACUGCUAUCUUUGGACACCUGGGAGGUCGUUUAGUGGUUCCAAAUACAGGAGUCAGUCUGUUGGUGCCACAUGGAGCAAUUCCUGAAGAGAGCUCAUGGGAGAUCUAUCUUGCUAUCAACCCAAGAGAGUCCAGCCUACAGCCAGAAGGCCCAGAUGUCCUCCUGGGACCAGAAGUGACAUGUGGCCCUUCGGAUGUCUCUGUCAGCUCUCCAUUUGCCUUGACUAUCCCACACUGUGCAGAAGUAAAUUCAGAGCACUGGAAUAUCCACUUGAAGAAAAGGACUCAGCAAGGAAAAUGGGAGGAAGUGAUGUCUGUGGAAGAGGAAACUACUUCCUGCUACUGCCUGCUGGAUCCUUAUGCCUGUCACAUUCUCUUAAACAGCUUUGGAACUUAUGCACUUAUUGGAGAACCCAUCUCUGAGUGUGCCGUCCGACAGCUGAAAGUAGCGGUUUUUGGCUGCCUGUCUUGCAAUUCUCUGGAUUACAAUCUGAGAGUGUAUUGCAUGGAUAACACACCUUGUGCAUUCCAGGAAGUGGUUCUGGAUGAAAGGCUCCAAGGAGGACAAUUACUGGAUGAACCCAAACUUCUGCAUUUCAAAGGGAAUACCUUCAGUCUCCAGAUAUCUGUCCUCGAUAUCCCUCCUUUCCUUUGGAGAAUCAAACCUUUUACUGCCUGUCAGGAGGUCCCAUUCUCCCGUGUGUGGUGCAGUAACCAGAAGCCACUGCACUGUGCCUUCUCCCUGGAGCGUUACACUCCUGCAACCACACAGCUGUCCUGCAAGAUCUGCGUCCGGCAAGUCAAGGGGCACGAGCAAAUCCUACAGAUCCAGACCUCCAUCCUCGAGAAUGAAAGAGAAACCAUUGCUUUCUUUGCACAUGACGACAGCAACUUCCCCGCACAGAUGGGUGCAAAAGCAUUUAAAAUCCCAUACUCCAUCAGACAAAGAAUCUGUGCAACAUUUGACACACCCAAUGCCAAAGGCAAAGACUGGCAGAUGCUAGCACAGAAAAACAGCAUCAGCAGGAAUCUCUCCUAUUUUGCUACACAAAGCAGCCCAUCUGCAGUCAUUCUGGACCUCUGGGAAGCCCGACACCAACAUGAUGGAGACCUCGACUCCCUCGCUUGUGCCCUGGAGGAAAUAGGAAGGACACACUCUAAAAUCUCAGACAUAACAGAAACUGAGAUUGAGGAGCCUGACUUCAACUACAGCAGACAGAAUGGACUUUAAUCCUUCAUUUCCAUUGAAGAACCGAUGGCCAGCUGACUUUCACACCUGAAAAUCUCUUUGGCAGGGAGGAAAUAAGGGUUUCUGCACACUGCCCAAGGAAGCAGAUGCAUCUCCACAAUGCCAUUUUCAGUUGGAGGAGCAGAAGCAGCCCUAUUAAAAAUCAUCUCCAUAAUAAGGAAAACAAGCUGUCCCUGUGCUACAGUCCUCUUUCAUUUAAAAUUCAUGUUUCAGAUUCAAAAAUGAGACUGCACAUCAAUCAUUCCCAGGGGCAGGAAGGAGCGAGGUACAGAGCUGUGCAAGGUAAAUAUUAUGACAUCCUAUAUUUAGGAAACAGUGAUGCUAAAGAAGAAUACAAUGCCUACUAAAAUACAAUGCCUAGUGCUAAGCAGUGAGUAUUUAGAGCCACUAGAGGUUAAUCUCAGUGUAAGAGUUUGUGUUCUUGGGGCCCUGAGUCCCCCUGUUUCCAACUUAACGCACCUGAAAAGUGGAUGUAAAUGCCAUUUGCUGGCAUCAUGUUCACUCUGUGCAUUUGCUGUAGUUUAGCUAAAGGAAAACUGAAAAUCUGACCUUCUCCUGUUCAGAGAUUUGAGGAAUUAAUAGAUUGUCUAAGUAUUAGAUAUCAGAUGUCAACCAAACAAUUCUUUUUACAAAGUCAUUCAAUGAAUGUAGCCUUGCUGCAGAUUCUCCUGCCUGUUCUGAUAACAAAAACAGAGCAAAGCCCUUCUCUGUGCAGUCAGUGUUUGUGAGCAUGUGUGACCAAUGCCCUAAAGUUCUCCAUUUGCAGAAUUUCAUGUGGUACAAAACUUGUUGCUUUGGGGUGGAUUUAAACAACCAAAUAAAAUGCAGGAGGUUGCCAGUCCUGAACUGAAAGCUGGAGGUAAAUUCAUUCUGCACACCUUAAUUUUGCUUUAGGUUCAUACCAACACAAUAACCCCCACUUAUCACUACCAGAAAUUAGCCUGAUUUACUGUACAGCUUGCAUGUUGUGCAGGAGAUAGAGCUGGCUGCAUUACCUUUGGUCUAUUUACCCCCACAUCUGGAACAGAGCUAGUGAAUUCUCAUCACUUUUUACCCAUCUCAUGCAAAUAUGAUUCAUUGCUUCAACUGAACCAAAAAAAAAGAGAAAAGCUGUCACUGUGAGUCAGCAUCCUGGCAGAACUGGUACCAAACCAAACACCACCAGUGUUCUCACUUGUACUGUCUUUGAGAAUUACCCAUAGUACUCGUAUUGGGCUGAGAGCAGCAUGACAGGGCAGGUACUUAGUGGGGAAAUCCAUAAUGAUCCAAAAUCAUUUCUUCAUCUGGGAUCCCAGAUCUGAACAGUACAAUCAAUGGCUGUGAAUGGGACUUUGCUUGCUCUUGUUGACCUGAAACAGCCAAUUUCAUGGCUUUCCCAGCUGAGCAGAUGGACUUACAAACACUUGGACUUCCCCAACCAUUUUUUAAAUGUUAGUAUUUCACACAGUCUGACAUCAGCACUCCUGUUUGCAAUGGGAACCCAUAACUGCUGCAAGCAUAUUUAAGACCAAGACAAAAAUACCAGCUUAGCUGGCAGCAAGCUGUCACUUUUCUCAGCAGCACAUGGUUCUUUGAAUUAUACUUGCAGUGACUUCCAUUCCUCCUCCCCAGAAACUUAUUUUUCAUUGGACAAAACAUCAUGAAUAAAAAAAUUGCCAAUGACAUCAAUAGAAAAGCAACAGAAUUUUCGUGAGCUGUGGUUGUCUGGGAAACCCACUACAGCCUCUCUCCAGCAGUUAAUUGUUCUCAGCAUCUCCUCGGAUGCAGUUUUAAUUUGGUUGCUGCUUUUUCAAUCUAACUCCAGUUUGCCACCCCAGCAAAGACCCAACGACUCCCCUGGCAGUGCCACAGCUUGCUGUGGUGCUCUGCAGAGCUCUCUGUGGCUCCUGCUUCUGUUGUCCCAAUCUGCUAAGCCACACACAGGGGUCAAAGCUCUGCAGAGCUCAGCCCUCACCACCUCACUCAGGAAACAUGCAGUGUUUACAUCCUGGACUGGAAUAGAGAUGUGAGAAACCAUCCAGCUCUGCCUGCCUACUAUUUGUGCAGCAGAAAGAUGCCAGACCUGUCCAGCCUGAUUUCCUCUGUGUGCACCAAACCUGCAGAUGGAAGGGAUCAGGGCUGAUACCAAAAUCCACAUCCAACCCCAACUCCCAUGAAGUCUGCCCUCUGAAUUACGUACUAAAAAGAAUAUCAUUUCUUAUUUUAAAAUGCUGGAACAGAAGCUGUUCUGUUUUGGGCCCGAGGUAAGAUUUCAAUUUUGCUUUGCUCAAUAGAGAAUUGUUAUUCUGUUUCCUGGCUUUUGUUCAGUUAUGCCAAAGCAGCUUCUUUGCUGCUGACCUUCCUUUUGUGAAUCUACACUGAGAACUGACUUCUAACCUAGUAUUGUUUUCGUGACCUUUAGUUGUUUAAAUAUUACUCUAACAUUUCUAAUCCAUUUAUCUCAGUGGAAAGGAAUUUGAAAUAGGAGCUGGACUUCUAGCCUACAUUUCUAACUUGUAUUGAUCUGGCUGUACUUCUGUGUUGUGGAGGAUCUGCCCUACUGUACCAUAGAAAACAUCCUUUUAGCCUUACAGUAUCUCUGAUUGCAACUGGCACUGCAAGUCUAGGGAAGUGGUCUAAGAAAUGAGUUCAGUAUUAAAGGGCUUCUUCAGUCAGCCCACUGCUGCUACCUGAUAGGAACCCUUCAUUCCUCACCAUUCACACACUCAGUAUCAAUCACAGAGGAUGAAGAUCUUGCUAGAGCAUAAAACCACAAGAAACAGCUGUGAGUGCAGCACUCUAGGAUACAGUAAGUGACUUUGCAGCGCAAAUCACUCCAGCAUCAUCAGAGAGGAUGCAAUUGCCUGAACGUCCAGAAAAUAAAAUGGUGAGGGAAAAAAAAAACCCCAUAUAGCUUAAAAGAUAACCAUGAGAAGUGACAAAGAAGUGCAUCAUACCACAAACGUUUUCCAUAGAGAGGAAAUUGUUCUCCUUGAUGACGCUGCUCUUAGUGGGCAGCAAUCAGACAGCAAGUAUUUAAGUCAGACUUCUCUGUUCCAUUUUCUCCCACUCCUGGGAACUUUGCAUUUCUUGUAUCUUAGAUAUCUGCUGCAGAUACGGCUGUUUUCAGAUGCUCCCUUUCUGUUGUUUUAUGUUAGUGUCAUGGGAUGAUAUUAAUAAAACUUAGCACUUUUAAUUAUAGAGGCUUGCACCAGUUAUCCUCCCUUCUUCCUGUGUUGUCCCAGUUUUAGAGAGAGAAAUGUUAACAUUCAGGAGGAAAUGUCUCUGCUGCCAUUUAACAAGGCAGCCACAAAUGGAUUUUGUUACCAUUAACAGCAAGGCAGUACAACAGGAGAUGUUAAAUGCUGCUUUAAUUUCUCUAUUUCACAUUAAAACACAGCUUUUCUCCCCACCAAAGGCUGCUGCAAGGAUGCUCUGCAAUACAAUAUUCGCUCAGAAUAAGUUAGAAUUAGUAUGUAAAUUUUAUAUAAAUAGAUAUGUUGACAAGGAUCUGCAAUCUUAACAUUCCAGGAGCAUAUUUUUUUAACAUCCAUGUUAUAUUUUUUUCUGAGAACUGCGUUUCUGUGAUUUGAUCCCAAACCCAGCUGUGUAAAGGAGCUCCCAAUGCAGGAUUAGGGGCCAGAAAUCCAAACCUGAUUCUUUUCCUCUGUUUUAUAAAUUAUGACCUUUGAAAAACAACUCAGAAGCCUCCUUGCAAACCAAAAGGCAGCAGGGAGAACUGCAGUGCUGCUCACUGGAGGUCCCACCGAGCUGCCAUGGUGACACAGCCUUGCUCUAUUUUCCAUCUUCCCAAAGGCUCCCAGGUAGUUCUGUGCUGUGACCCCUUUCAGACUCAUAUGUUUUAAAAUGACUUUAAACAAUUCUUUUUCCACCAAAGUGACACACUGCCCAGCUUUUGCCACAACUGCAGUAUCACAAAGCUGAUAUCCAGCUUUGCAACACUGCUUUUGCAGCCCCGUAGUUUACAUGAAGAGACAUUAAGCCACGAAAAAAAGAGCCUUACUCCGUGAGUUUACCUUCUAACUUCAUUUACUACAGCAAAUGCCAUAAACCCACCAUGCCCUCCUACAAAAACGUUACUGGGGCAUUUUGUAACAGAUGGAAAGAUAUCAGUGCUAUUCUCUUACAGCACAGAGAAGUAGUGCUGUUAUUAUUUUUAUCCCUGGCAACAGCUGCUCCCCCCAAGGCCUUGCAGGCAAUGAGAGCAAGGAAGGGCUCAUGGCCAGCCCCCCCCCUUAGCACUGCCCUGCAAUCCAUUCCUUUCAUGCCACUUGAAUGACAGUUCUAUGAGUAGGUUUUAAAACCUUCAGUAACAUUCCAGCUCUUAUUUCCCACUAGAAAAAGUAUCAUGUGUGGAUACAGCAAAACAAAAACAAGCCACAAACUUUUGGGGCAGUUCUCAUCAUCCUCAUGGUUGGAGCCUAGGAAAUAUAGCCCUGAGGCAAAGGACUGCAUUCCAUCUCAGAUUAACUGAACGAAAACAGGGAACCAUAUCCUCCUCAUCCUUAACAACUGUGAAUGAACUGCAGGUUUGUCCUUGCAGCCUUUACUAUGCUGAGCUGUACACGGGAAACCCUCACAUCUUACACAGCAGUAGAAAUGGUUGACGCCAUUGGCCAAGAACUUCUUUCAUGGUAAACCUGCUGAAAAAGUGUUUUCUGUGGGUCGUUCAUCUGUGAUAUGUGCUGGGGAAAUUAUUCCCUUGGCACUGUUCCUGCUUGGGGAGAGGCUGGCGGCUGUUCCACAGCAGUGUGUAAAAUGCACAGAUAUCCUCUCCUGCAUAGAUAAUCAUUGCCUAGCUAAAAUUGCCAAGAACAUCCAGGGCUCCUGGAUGAACACAGGACUGUAAAGAGUGGGAGUAUAGCACAGGUAUAUAAGAACUGCAGCAGCAACAACAAAAACCCUCAAUCCACUGGCAAAGACCGCAAACCAUUUUCUGAUACCACAGCCUCGUCCUUCUCUCUCUCAUUACCAAUGCUAACAUAUACAGUACCAAAAAAAUCUCUUUUCCACCAUGGACAAAUAGAACAACCUCCCUAAGACUAAAGGGCCACUCACAGAAUCACUGGAUAGUACCAGUGCCCACAAAGCAGACAACAGAACCAAUGUUUCACUCAUUGCUACAGGAGAAAACCCUCUUGGAAUCCACCUUCACUGUUCUGUCCAAAAGUAAAACAAGUGUUUAGGAAUUUGACACUAUACUUUUUGUAUUAGAGGUGAAUAGUACAAACUUUACUAGUGCUUCUUGUCUGGGGCUCGGGUGGGUAGGGGUGUCUUGUAAUUUUCAAGCUAUUGCAAAGCUGCUUUUAAAUAAGCUGUUGAGUUGUGUUGACUAACUGGUUUGUGCUUUACAAGGGAAUCCAGGUGAGCUGGGGUUCAAUGGGCAGCCUCCUUGCCUUACAGGGUAACUAGAGCUGAAGUCACUUGUGAAAAAUGUAGCCAAGGGAUAGGGAGAUUAGACAGCCCAUCCCUGAUCUGUAAUGUAGUGUCCUGUAAUUAAUGAGAUUAGCCACUCACCUACCGUAGAACCGUGGUUUCGUCAGCAGCUGCUUAGUUUGUUUGCCCCGGUGUGAUAACCUUGGUUGAGAAUGUACUUCUGCAGAUUUCAGAUGUCAACCCCCCCCAUCCCCCC